GAGAGUGCGUUGCUAGAGAUACCAUGCCGGGAAGGAUAGUCGCACAAUGUGAACGAGACGACACGUUGGUAUGAUGAGUGUGCAGAUAGUUCGCGAGUGAUCAACAAAGGGGUUUGCUGAUUGUUCCUGGACCACUCUGUACAUCACUGCAAUAGGAUUGGCUGGUUUGUUGACUCUUCUAGCUACCACACGAGGAUUUCAACUAGUUGAAGCUGGUCCAGGGUGUCAACCAAAUGGACCGUGGACGAAUAUAUUAUGGUUUUGGCUUGAUUGUUUUUACUGGUUUUUUAUUCGCCCUCACUGGUGUAUUAGUUCAGUUUACCAAAGACAGGAUAUUUAUGGACGUUAUGGGCUUAUCUCAAGUAGUCCGAAUAAUUAUUAUUUCACCUCUGGUCGUUUUCAAAAACGUAAAGUUCAAUUACGAAAGAAGAACGAUUCUGUUAACCUCUCUCCGUUGUCUUACUGGAGCGUUAGGAGAUACUUUUCUCUAUUAUUCCUACACUCUUCUUCCUGUUGGCGAUGCAACUGCCAUUUAUUCUACAAAUCCAGUUUUUUCCAAUGUCUUUUCCGUUUUCAUAUUCAAACGUUCGUGUAAGUGGCCAAACUUUGUUUCCAGCUUGCUUUGUAUUUUUGGAGUGGUCAUUAUUUCUCAACCAAGUUUUUUAUUUGCAUCAGAUAAACAUCUUUGCUUGAAUUACAAAGGAAUUGUCGCAGUUAUAGCUGCCUCUAUUCUGGAUUCGUUGUCUAUCAAUUUUAAUAAUCUUUUAAGUAACGUUAAUUAUAUGUUCAUUACAACGUGUUUAAGCAUAAAUACGAUUAUCUUGUGGGUUAUAUGUUUAAUAAGCGAUAAACGUCUCCCCGUGUUAGGGUAUGCUGAUUGUUCCUGGACCAAUUUGUACAUCUCUGCUAUAGGAUUGGCUGGUUUGUUGACUGUUCUAGCUUGCACACGAGGAUUUCAACUAGUUGAUGCUGGUCCAGGUAGUGUAGCUCUUUGUUCUAUCGUUGUAUUUGGUUAUAUCUUUCAACUUCUUACUCGGGCCUUUUCCAUUCGAGUCGAAAGUAUUGUUGGGGCUGUGCUUAUCAUCGUGGCUAUUCUUAUUUCAUCGUCGAACUCAUUCUACGAAAGAAAUACUAAGCCCGAAGAUAUAAACCAAUCAGUAAACUGUAAGGAGAACCCUAGCAAUUUCACGUUUCAAAAAGCAACUGAUUCAAGUGAGGAACAAUCAUUAAUUGAAAAGGACUAAAAUACAACAGUACGAAGAAUGUCUGGGAGAAUAAAGCCAUUGGUUUUAAUAACUUAUUUUAUUUAUUCUAUAAUAUAUAAUAUGAUUUUGAUUUCAUAUAUUGUUGAGACCAACUUAUGAAUAUUGAAAAUAUUGCUAUGUUCUGCAUGUUGCUAAGAGCUACUGUUUUGUUGGUGGAAAACGUAUUAGUAGAAGUAUUCUAUAAAUUAGUAUGAUAAAUGGUGUCUCUGGUAACGGUAGUUAAUAUAAUUAAUGUCAGUUGCUUUAUGUGUGAUUUACCUAUGAAUUUUAGAAACUAAAACAUCUGAUAUUUCAUACUAUUUCUUCUCUGUUUUUCAACGAAAUAUUUUCAUUGUAAAUUAAGGGCCAAUAAAAUAUUUGAACAUGUAUUUGAUAGCUCGAUAAUAUUCUUCCUUUUUUGUUUUCCUUAAAUCUAUAUUCAACAAAUUUCUUCUUUCUUACUUUACUUGACCACACAUGGACGUCUUCAGAAA